GUACUCCAGGGGCCCGUUUAUUUGCAUUGCUAAACAAUCCGUGGAGUGGGCCGAGCACGGAGAAAUGGAGCAAGAUCUCUCUUUUUUGUGAACGACCCUCCCCUCACUGUUGGUCAAUGUUCACACACGUUAUUGCCUUUGGUGAACAGGGCGGACGCAACGGGUGACCAACGCCAAGCGUCUCAACAUUCAAGAGAACGCGCGUACGCGGAGGGGGCGGUUUGGGCACGUAGUUUUGCGCUUUGGCUCCCGUAAUCCCGUAAAGGUAGUAAAACCGCAAAAAGCAACUCUUUUCCUGUUGCGUGUGGAUUACGGUCUGGUGGUGUGACGGAACCACAAGGAUCCAAAUAAACAUGUUUUUUGAACUACGUGGCUUGAGUCGGUCGACCAACAAAAGGAUGUUGACAGUUUUAUUAUUUAUGAUAUAUUGCAUUCACUCCGCAAAAAGUCAGACGUGCACAGAUGGAUUUACUUAUGAUCGUCGCGCCAGACAGUGUAUCGAUGUUGAUGAGUGUCGGACGCUGCCAGAUCCGUGCCGGGGUGACAUGCACUGCGUAAAUCAAAACGGUGGAUACCUCUGCAUCCCCCGCGGCUUCUACUCCCAGCCCUAUCCGCGCAACAGUCCACGCUCAUUCUCUGAGCAGUCCUAUCCCGCAGAGACUUACCCCGAUGCAUCUCUGGGAUAUCCAGAAACAUUUGUUCCCAAUCCUCCUCCAGUGGGCCCUGGCCCGAGCUACCCAAUAGUAAGCCGGUCGGCGCCCUGCUUUCUUGGGUACACGGCCGGUGCUGAUGGCACAUGUGUUGAUGUUGAUGAAUGUGAGACCCAGUCACACCAGUGUAACCCGACUCAAGUAUGUAUAAAUACAGCUGGUGGAUACACCUGCUCAUGUACUGAGGGCUACUGGCUGGUUAGUGGACAAUGUCAAGACAUUGAUGAGUGUCGCUAUGGUUACUGCCAGCAGCUGUGUGCUAACCUCCCCGGGUCAUACUCCUGCUCUUGUGGCCCUGGGUACCUCAUCAAUAGCGACAGCAGGACUUGCCAAGAUGUGGAUGAGUGUGAAACAGACAGUUGUACUCACGGCUGUUUGAACACAUACGGUUCAUUCAUGUGCACUUGUGACGAGGGGUUUGAGCUCGCCUCUGAUGGAACAACCUGUAACGAUGUGGACGAGUGCAGUUUCUCAGACUUUCUAUGUCAGUACAGGUGUUUUAACACACCUGGAUCAUACUCCUGUUUGUGUCCACCUGGAUAUUACUUGUAUGAGGAUGGAAGGACCUGUGAAGACCUCAAUGAAUGUGAGUCUGGUAACAACACUUGUACGACAGCACAAGUGUGUUUCAAUUUCCAAGGAGGUUACACAUGUCUGGACCCUCUGAGAUGUGACCAGCCUUACAUAGAGCUCAACGAUAAUCAGUGCAUGUGUUCUGCGGAGAACCCCGCCUGUCGGGAAAGGCCCUUUACUAUCCUAUACAGGCAUAUGGAUUUGUCUUCUGGUCGCAGUGUUCCUGCUGAUAUAUUUCAGAUGCAGGCCACCACACGCUAUCCUGGAGCAUUUUACAUCUUCAAGAUCAAGUCUGGCAAUGAGGGACGGGAGUUUUACAUGCGGCAAACCAGCAAUAUCAGUGCAACCUUGGUUCUCGCCCGACCCAUUAAAGGACCAAAGACGAUUGUUCUUGAUCUAGAGAUGGUUACCGUUAACAACGUCAUCAACUUCCGAGGCAGUUCCAUCAUCCGUCUCACAAUAUUUGUCCCUGAGCAUCCAUUCUGAGAUGUUAACCUCAGACCUCUCUGACCUCUCACCCCUUCAUACCUCCAUCAUGGACUUCUGUUACUGCACUACCCGUCAGGCAGCUGCAUUUUUUCAUCUUUUGUUUCAGUUGUUCCAGACUUCUGUGUGGUCGUCAGUCUCUCUGUUUUCUAGUGCGUCUGAUCCUUGAUAUGGUCAUAAUGCAGGUUUUUGAUUCGGCUGCCUGGUUGUCAUUUUACAGUCACACGCAUGCACCCACUCAUAAGAAUAUUUAUGUUGUGUUUCUUUGACCUUGUGUGUGUUUUUUUUUCCUUGUGUGUUCUUUUUUCCCCAUUAACAAACAUGAAAAUUACGUUUUCUGUAAAGCUGAAUUUGUUUGUUGAUAUUCUCAGUGGCUCUUGUGUCAAGUUUUCUUACUGUGAGCUAAAGAGAGCCUGGUCAGUCAAUAAACACAAAUUUGAUGGCCUGAA